ACAUGGCCAAUUUAUUCAAGGCUGAAUGGGCCAGAAUUCAGUCUCCCCAAAGAAAUCAGCUCAGCGAAGCCAAAAUGAACAUCAGGCAGCCAGCGAGAGACAGAUGUGGCACUAACCAGAACAGCUACCUCAAUAGAUUCAACAGUACAGUCUUAAGGACACUUGUAGAGAAGGAGAAUCGGGUACUGACUGAACUGAAGAUAAGACAGCAACAACUGGCUGAAAAUGAAAAGAGGAAGUAUGAAGCAAUGGUGCAGUAUAGACAGGCAGAAGAUCUGAGAAGGGAGCAGGAGAAGAUAUGCAAGAGAAAGCUAAAAACCCAAGCUUUGACAGAAUAUCAGGUGAAGCAAAUGAAAGAAAGAGAACUGCUGAAAGAAAAGGAGAGACAACAAGACAAGAGAGACGCAGAAUUACUCCGCAAGAUCGAUGAACUACAUGCACAAGAGGUUAGACGAGAAGUGGAAAAAAAAGCUGAGUCAAAGAAAAUUAACCUCAAAAACAAACUGGAGGAUAUUGACAGAGCACAGCUCAAGAGAGAGGAAUGUAGAAUGGAGGAGCAGAAACUUGAGCUUCUACAGAAACAAAUACUGUUACAACGAAAACCUGAACAGACAGAAAGCUCAAAGAGGUUUGAGGCACAAAAGGAGAUGGUUAGAGACAAACUGGCAGCCACAAAGAAGGAGCAGGCUGCUACUACAGCUCUGCUGGAGGAGAAGAGGUUUGCAAAGGAAGUAGCUAAGAGAGAGGCUGAACUGGCAAAACAGCAGAAGGAAAAGGAGAAGAAGAGGUCUGCUGCCCUUCAGUCUGUCUCUGACCACAGACAGAACGUGAUUCUGAAGAAAGAGCAGAAGGCAAACACAGAGCAACAUAGUAACUUGAACUUGCUUCAGGCAAAUAAAGAGGCUGACAUGUCGUUCAUAACAAGUGAAAAACUGAAGGCUCAGAAGAUCAAAGAGGACAGAAUCAAAUUGGACAAAGCCAAUUUGUCCCUGGCAGCUAAAAAACUUGCUCGUCUUGAGCUGCUGAAAAAAGAGGAACGGGACUCUGCAGUGAGGAAUGCAGAACCGACUGCUCAGACGAAGCACCUCCAGCAGUAUGUUCACCAUGACCUUCACAAGGCAGCAGAAAAUCUGUGGUGUCAGGAACAGCACAAGUUUCCAAUCAGCUCUAAAGAGCCCAGUAAAGUUGACCUGAGGCCAACUUGCCUCCCACCCAUUUCCAAAACAGCUAAAGCUACCUCAGCUGCACGGGAUUCAACUAGUCAAUGGUUUGGUCUUCGUUUUAGCACAGAAGGCUCCAGUUACCGCUCUGCUGAUACCGGGGAGCCACUGCCCAGAUUAUCCAGGCCUAAACCAAGACACAAGAACCCGGAGCUCAGAUAUAGAGAGACCACAAUUGUCGACCUGGAGCAGACCUGCCUCUCCUCUGUAUGUACCGUCUGUAAGCUCCAGUGAGUCUCUGCAGCACCAUCAAACACCCGCUUCCCACCCAUGUGUAAUACUGUCAUGCAGAGGCCCAAAAACAAAUGAUCUGGACCAGCCUAACCCCCCCCCCCCCCCCCUUUAGCUUCCUUACCCUCUAACAUUUCCCUUCUCUUUCUCUUUUAUUCCUUUUAUUAUUUCUUACUUCUCACAAUUCUUAUUUCCCGUAUUCCUUUCUGUUAGAAGUCCACAUGUGUGGGUUUACUCUGGGUGCUCCGGUUUGCUCCCAAAAAUCAUCUAACUUUCAUUUCUUUUUAAUCACCAAAUUUCAAUAAACUGUCAAUUCACAAUCAAUUAAACUUUAAAUUCAUAAAAAAAAAAAACAUCUUUCAAGAGAUGCUCAUCAUACAUUUUUCACAGAUUACAGAAUGAAUGGAUUUUUCUGGAAGGUAUGCACAAUACUUUAAUAAUACAAUAAGGGUCCAUGCUUGAAGUCUGAUUCUUCUUCAGUUCCUCAAGUCGUAUAUGAAAAAUGCCAGUUUAGGAGGUAUUGCCUAAUUUCGUUGUACUACUUGUACUACUGUGCAAAUGUAUGAUGACGUUUGUGAGCUUGUUCUCCAUUUUUAUUUUAUUGUCAUUUUGAAUAAAGAAACCUGUUGACCUGUGAUGACUCUUGACUGGUAGAAAGAGUUGAUUUAUCAUGAACUUUUACCUUACUGUUGGCUCUUUUGUCCCGUCAAUAACAGCACUAAACUAUCAAAUGUAAAAAUCCCUCAAGUAUAUUUACUGCUCUCUGUCUUGACAAGGCUACAUAAAUAAAAAUAAAUAAACAGAUAAAUAAGCGAUACUAUAAGCCGUUA